UAAUCACAACGGAUACAAAAGAUAUUAUCGCCAAUAAUGAAUUGACAAUUCAAAAACUGUUAUUAGAAUUACAAGAUGACCUUAAAAAGACUAAAUCUUGUUAUAAUCAAAGUCGUGAUUCAUGGUUAGGCAUACAAAAUGCAUCUAAAGUAACAACGGAUAAUAAUCAAACAGCAACAACAAAAUUAGUCAUAGCAAAUGCGUUAGAUAAUGUAAAAAACGAAAUAUCAAUGUAUCGUUUGGCGUUAGAUAAAAUAUCGCAAGUAAGAAAUUUACAAAUUCAAAUAGCAAAUGUCACAAAGAAUAAUAUUGAUAUUAAUCGUAGUCAUACGACAAGACGAGGUCUCGCUGAUCUUUUAUCCCAUAUGGCCUAUGUUCUUGCAAUAUUUUAUGGUAAUGAAAAUGGUGACGAUCCACCGCCGUUAUGCGGUGCUAUACCAGCGAAUUCAAAUCAUAUUUGUCAUGUGGGAGAUAAAAUAGCCGGUUUCGUUGAGAGUGAAGAUGGUGACGAUAAUUGGAUUUUAGCGGAAAUAGCUAAAGUACAUUCCACGUCAACAACUCAAUCAGCGAAUAAAGUCAAAUACGAUAUUGUUGAUAUUGAUGCAGCUGAGCCCGGUAAGGGACGAUAUAAUCAAAUAAGUUCAAAAAAUAUUAUACCAUUGCCGCAAUGGAGAGCUUGUCCAUUAACAUGUGAAAAAGCUCUGUUUCCUCGACGAACUAUUGUCUUGGCUUUGUAUCCACAAACAAGUUGUUUUUACAAAGGAGUUGUUGAAAGUGUUCCGAGAAUUGGAAAAGAUAGUUAUAGUAUCAUAUUUGAAGACUCAUCCU